GUAAUGAGGAAGUUGUCGAGACGGCGUAGUUAAAGGCAGGUUCAGGUGUGGUAGCGUCGUCAAACAAACCUCCAUUACUUAUGGCCGACAUCAUUCAGAACAACAGCCAUCAAACAGAAGACACUGACGAAGAAAAUUACCGGGAUGACUCUAAACCUGCCCACGGUCCAAACGAUAUUCUACCGGCGUGUCCUCCCCAAAUCAAGAGUAGUAAAAAAAUAGUUCUGCAUGUCGACCUGAACAACACCAUUCUAGUGUCAGACGCCGUGAGGUGCCAAGGAACAGUGGCAGCCCUGGAUUAUUUUCUGACCACUGUCACUUGGGGCCAAAUGAGGAAAGGAAAGUGGGAAUGGUUGAGUGACUCCCCUUCUUUGCACCCACCAUGUGAUAAUGCCAUCAGCUACUAUUCUCAAUUUGGAGCCACUCCUUGCUUUACCUCCACUGCAGGUAGACGCUUUCGUGGGAUCCUGGAGGAACAUCUUCAGCAGCUGCGCUGGCCUGAGGGUGUGAAGGGAGACCGAGAACUGACAAUAAAGGCGGAGGAUGGGCGACUUUACCACUGGAUCCUUCCCUCCUUUUUCCAACUGCUCAAAGACCUGACAUUGCAAGGGACAGAGUUUGCCAUCCACUUUCGUACAUUUGGAUGCGACCUACCUCGUGUGCUGAGUGCUGUAUCCAAAGCACUGACCCAGGGAGCUCAUCCUCUCUUUCCUGAUCUUCCUGAUCUGAAGUUGAGUGUGAAUAACACACCUGGCAAGAUUCGCUGCAACCAGAAAGGAGUUCUUCUGACCAGAGGUGCAGAGAGGCUGUCAACCCGCGAUGGAGAGAGAGGCCUGUACCAAUUCUUUAGCAGCGCAAAUGGGGUGGGAGGCUUCCAGGAUGAUUAUCAAUGGUGGAUGAUGAAGAAUUUCUCCAUCCAAGGUGGGAAGCCUCUGUGGGUGGACCCCUUUGACCAGCAUGUUCAUCAUAUUUUCAUAGAUGACAACAUACGACAGAACGAUAAGGAUACAGUAGUGCAUCCCAAGGUUUUCAUAGACCCAGAAGGCUCAGACACUCGCACAGCCUGCAUCUCAGAGCUUUAUGACAUCGCUUUGAUCCAGACUGACCUUCUCAAGGCCAUUUCUGAGCCCAACUACUUCACUCGCUGUGUCAGCGUCUGCCAGAAGAACUAUGAGAAAAAUAUCCAGCAUGGAUCAGGCUAGAGCAAAGCUGAGUGUCCAUUCCUGACAGUGUGUGGUGUUGAUGAACUCCAAUAUCAGGGUUAUCUCAGGGUUGGGGAAAUUUUAUUGAGAUGGUUUGGGGUGAAAAUAUUACUUUCUUUUAAAAUUACUUUUACAUGUUUACAUGAACAAUGAUUGUAAAAGUAGCAGUGCACUGUAAAGCGGUUCUAAAUAGUAUUAAGCUCUUUAUUCUGGAAUGGGGCUAAAUCAAAAGCAUUGUUACACGCUAAGUGCAAAAUCAAUGACAAAAAGAAGGGGAAAAAAAGUAUUAAUACAGCUGCAAACUGCAUUUCAUGCCAAAGCAUCAGGUGGCAUUGUGACCAUUACCUCUUCUUUUGACCUAAGGCAGGGGUGUCCAAACCUUUUCCUACGUCGGCUGUUUUCAGAAAAAUCAAAACUGUCAAGGGGCAACUUGAAAUCCUUCUUCAUUCAUUUGUUAGAGGAUUGGAAUCAUGUUAAAAAUAGCGUUGUUAAAAUGUAAGUCUUAACUCAUUGGCUGCCAUUGACGGCGAUAGAUGUCCAAACCAUUUUGACUAGGACAGGGGUCGGCAACCCAAAAUGUUGAAAGAGCCAUAUUGGACCAAAAACCCCCCCAAAUAUGUCUGGAAUCGCAAAAAAUCAAAAGCCUUAAAUAAGCCUAAUAAUUAAGGCAACCCAUACUGUAUGUAUCUGUAUUGGCUACAGUAUAUUAGCCUACUAUCAAAAUGACUUAAGUCGGCUAAAAGUGCAUAAUGAGCCUUCAUGAGAUAAUGUUUAUUUUCCCUGCAGUGCAUCCAAUGCACCAUGUGACUACUAUGUUGUAUGAUGCCACCUCAAGUUUAACUUCAUUACUAUAUUAAUGACUUGUUUCAUUGCUUUUAUGCAAUUAUAGAAAUGCAAGAAAGAAAUCUGAUUUUUUAAAUGUCAUUUUUAUUUUGAGGUUUCGAAAAACAACAAAAUGGAACGUGCAUAACAUGCCCCUUUUCUGGGCAUGUCUUUUAUUUUUUAUUUAUCUAUUUUUUAAUUAUCUCUGUUUUGUUUUUGAAGUCUGCAAAUAGGUGUUCUGAUAUGAUAUGUAUGGGCAGCGGACCUUAAUUGGCCCUGGAGCCUCUAGUUUGGACACCCCUGGCCAUCUAUGUGCUGCCACUACACAUUUGUGUGCGGAAAGGACAAAAUUGGCAAAGUGAAGGAAAGGAAAAAUUACCUCAUCUGAACAAUUUAAGUAAUUGAUGUCCAAUGUGAAUCUUGUCCCUAUCGUAGAAAAAAAACAUGUAUCUCCCAAGUUUAUUAAAAAAAAAAAAAAAAAAGUGAUUGUAUUCAGUUAAAAGAAAAACUGGAGAUUUAUUUGCAUUUUAGCUAUAGUGAACAAUAACAAUAAUAAUAACCCAAUGAACCCCCCCCCCCCCCAGGAAUCUGCAGUGAAAAAACGUAAAUUCUGCAGAGAGCAAUUCUUGAUUGUUGUUUUUCCCUCAGCAAUAAAAAAAUUACCUAGUUGGAAAGCAAAUUAAUGCAAUGGCCAGAUAGGUCGAAACUAAGCCGAUGUUGAGACUGGAGCCUGUACCUGUGGGUGGAGUGGAGACCACCCGGGUGUCCAAGGCUCAAGCAGUGCAAGCAUGUGAGGCGUAGACAGCCCAGGCGUAGCCACAGAAUUAGUAGGGUUACGGUCACCCAGAAGGGACCUCAAUUCCGCCGGUUCCCCGUGCAGCCGAACUAAGUCCAAGGCACGCUGAUGGUCAGCCUUCAGUUUCUUGGAUCGAGGGGAGUGUUGUAAUGGAACAUUCGCCUUGGUGGUUAUACCUGGAAUGCACCCGACAACGUCACCAUGUGCCGGGCUGCGGAAUGAAAUGAAAACGUCAAUUAUUUUUUCAAACGGGGAAAAUAUGAAGUCGGAAAGUAUAAGUAGGAAUUUAUAGUCCGAUAAAUGAGGUAAUUAUAAAUAGUAUACUUUUCUAAACAUUACCGCUGACCGCAUGUAAAAUUGUAAACAUUCAGUCAAUUGAAUGUAGUUUCUUUUCUGUGUGUGGCGGGUGCUAUUUAAGAGACAUCCGGCUCCUUUAAUGAAAACUACAGGGAAAAUGUAAUAUUCUGCUCCUCGCCCUGUAUUCCGCGGACCAUUUUGACUUCCAUGGAAGAUGUUAAUCUAUGGUAAAUUCCACGAUUGCGGAUUCCUGGGGGAAAAAACAAUAUCUUUACCCAUUAUUCAAUGCCAUGCUUUGCCCACACAUGGAACACGAUCAUUAUGCAGCACUUUACAAAAAUGAUUGUGGACCACCAAUACGCAUUUUUAGUAAUUUAUUAUAUACGGUUUAUCACAAAAUUGAGUACACCCCUCGCAUUUCUGCAGAUAUUUAAGUAUAUCUUUUCAUGGGACAACACUGACAAAAUGACAC